UUUAAUGAAAUGAAAAACACAGAUGAACACAGUUUAAUUGUUAGACUUUGCAUAUACUUGGUUUAGUCUAUUGCAUGAAAAAGGCUUUAGAGAGGUUUACUUAGUUAUAUCAAUGGCCUUGUUAGAUGUGUGGAAUAGAGUUGGCUAAGCUUCUGCGGAUAUUUGUCUCAACUCAAUUAGUUUUUCAAUUUAGCCACUGGAGAUUUCUUACCAAAAGAUUGUAUUAUGAUUAUGAAUGAUCUUUUCUUUGUGAUUUUACAGUUAUGGAUAGCAGUCUGCGUCGGCUCCAAGCAACCACCAGUUGUUCUUGGUUGAGCAGCAUGAGAAACUUCUGUUUCAAUUGAGGCACUGCCACUGGUAUUCUCAAAGGUUAUGCAGGACUGAGUGCUGCUGUAUUUACUGAAACCUAUAACAUGCUGUUCAAUAAUUCAUUUCCAAGCUAUUGCUGUUCCUUGCACUUGGGGUCCCUAUUCUAUGUUUGAUGAUGUUGUGCUUUGUCAGAGCAUGGACACUUUGCUUUCGGCCUAGUAGCUAGUUUUGUGCUUGGCUUCUUUCUUCUAACAAUCGUGGUAUUGGAUCAUAUGUUUCAUUUAAGUACCUUAAUGUCUUAUGUUUCUCUUGUUGUAAUGGUUAUCCUUCUCAUGCCUCCUCUGCCUAUUCCUGUAAAUAUGGACAUUUUACCAAAUCAAAGAUACUUGACCAACUGUUCAGGUCAAAGAGGAGGUAAUGGAGACAAAACAUUUGGGAUAGUAUUUUUUAUUAGCAGAUCCUUUUUACAUUCACUAAGUGGCAGUCUCUCUUUUGCCUGAUUGUAUCUAUUCUGCUUUUUGAACCAAUACUUUAUUCUAAAUUUUUACCCUCUUGUGGUGCCUCCAGAUUCCAUAACCCUCAGAUUUAGGAUAAUUUUAUUUUCUAUAGUCCAAAUAUGACUUGGUGCAUUUGUCACUUCCUAUGAGAAGACAAAAAAUUCAUAUGCAUUUAUGGUUCAAAACCUGUCAUCAUCAGGUAAAUUAUCAUCCCUUCUCAGUCAAAACAUGUAGAAUUUUAAAGCAUUGGAAUGUAGAGAGAACUAUUGGAAACAUCCAUUUGAUAAUUCCUAUGCUCACAAGUCUACUAUAUUCAUUUAUAUUUCCCACUUGGUUAACAUUGAAGUGAUCAUUUUUUUACAUUAACUUAGUACUUUACACCAAUCACAAAGCAAAACCAUCUAAAUGAUUGUGAACAUCUCAAUGCAACAAUGAUAUUCUUAUCUUGACAAGAGGAGAAUUAAAGCUUCUUUUAUUGAGGUUGGUAUCUAGCGUUAAGCAUUGAUUUCAAAUAUGGCUCAGGUUUCUGUGCCUAAUAAUCUUAGAUGUUCGCCAAAACCUCCAGUAUCUACUGAUCUGUCCCUAAUUGAAGAGGGCAAAGCCAGUCCUUCAGUAGCCUCUACCAUUACUGUUACUACUGUUUCUCCCACAAAUGCUCAUAAGAUAAUUGCAGAGCUUGUGGGAACAUUUGUAAUUAUGUUUGUAGGAUGUGCCUCCUGGAUGAUUGACCAAAGAUACCACAUUACCCUGGUGGGUGUUGCAGUAGCGUGGGGCUUGGUUCUGAUGGUUAUGAUAUAUACACUUGGCCAUGUCUCGGGUGCCCAUUUCAAUCCUGCUGUUACUUUUGCUUUUGCUGCAUCUGCAAAAUUUCCAUGGAGACAGGUACCAGUAUAUGUUGCAUUACAAUUGGCAGGCUCAACAUUGGCAGUACUAACACUAGCUAUGUUGUUCCGUGACCAAAUAAACAUAGGUGUGACAGUGACUCGAUAUUUAAGGCCAACAACUCAUUGUGAAGCUUUUGCUUGGGAGUUCAUUCUUUCAUUCAUUUUAAUGCUCACAAUCUGUGGAGUAGCAGCUGAUAGCAGAGCAAUCAAUGAGCUCUCCGGAGUCACAGUUGGAGCCACAAUGUUGUUUGAUGUCCUAAUAGCGGGGAGCAUAACCGGAGCUUCAAUGAACCCUGCAAGAAGCAUAGGUCCUGCCCUUGUUUCUGGACAGCUUCAUUCCCUUUGGCUUUACAUUUUGGCUCCUAUUCUUGGAACUACAACUGCUUCUUCAAUUUACUGUCUUGUAUGGCUUCCCUUGCCUGAGAAAUUUGAUGACCGGAAUAUCAAAGAGUAAUAUAGUCGUGACUGCGCUGGAGACAGACCCAAGUAUUAAUUUUGGACCCCUUUUGUUUUUACUAUAAAUCUCAUCUGAUAUCAGGUAUAUUUA